AUGGGACUGCUUAACAGUCAAAACUUUCCUUAUGAAAGUUUCCCUCCAUACAGUUCACAACAAACCGACGCAGGAAGUCAACGUGUAGACACACCAGACACACCAGCGGACCGUAAGGAGAGAAAGAAGUGGACUCCUGCCGAUGACGAGGUUCUUAUUAGUGGGUGGCUUAACACAUCUAAGGAUGCGGUGGUGGGAAAUGAUCAAAAGCUUGGGACGUUUUGGAAACGAGUAGGAGAAUAUGUCGCAGCAAGUCCUCAUGUUAGAGGGGAUGGUGAAGCAAGACAGCACCUCCAUUGCAAGCAGAGGUGGCACAAAAUAAAUGAUGUAGUGAACAAGUUCUGUGCCGCUUAUGGGGCAGCAGAAAGACAUAUCAGUUCAGGACAGAAUGACAACGAUGUUCUUAAGGAGGCUCAUGCUAUCUUUUACGCGAAUCACAACAGCAAGUUCAAUCUAGAGCAUGCGUGGUGUCUCUUGAGGUAUGAACAGAAGUGGAUGAACCUCAACAAUCCUACUCCCACUGCUAGUUCUAAAAGAAAAACUGGUGAGCCAGUUCCCCAAACCUCAAACACCACUGCUGGUGAACAAGACACCCGGCCCGAAGGUGUAAAGGCCGCCAAAGCUAAAAGGAACAAUCCUCAAGGGAAGUCUGUCGCUGAGUACACGACCAUCUGGGAGAUGAAGAAGGAGGAUCUCCAGAUGAAGGAGAGACUAUCAAAGCUCGCCAUAUUAGACACUCUGUUGGCUAGAAAGGACUUGAGUGAGGCUGAAGAAAUUGUCAAGAAUAAGCUACUCGCUAUCUAUUUCUGA